UUAUAAGCUUCAUUCAUUUCACGGGAAAUUAAAGGAGAUUUUCGUGCGGACGUAUCAGUUUUAUUGCCUUGGGUCAUCUUGUGUUGAGUGUGUCUGCUGUAGAAUGAAGGCAGUCCUAUUAACGGCGUUCAACACUUUGUUUAUCUGUGGACUGAGUCCUGCCACUUCAGAUGCGUUCCUACCCACAUCUCCAAUAUUCACCCACGAACCCCCACAACUUGUUCAGUUUUCCAACUCCAAAGGUGCUCACGUCUCUUGUGCUGCACGUGGUGACCCUUUUCCUCACUUAACAUGGACGAAGGAAGAUGGUAAAGAGGUGCCUAACAUUGCAGAAGUUGUUUACGUCCGACCUGACGGAACACUUAUAUUUCAACCGUUCUCUCCCGAUAAAUACCAGCAAGAAAUUCACAGCUCUUCCUAUCGAUGCCUAGCAACCAACAGCGUGGGUACAAUAGGUAGCAGAAAAGUCACGGUGGAGGCAGUCAUUGACAACAAGUACAACGUUCGAGUGUACAGUGAUUAUAUCACUCAGGGAAACACGGCAGUCCUCAGAUGUCAAAUACCACCUUUUCUAAAAGGGGUUGCCAAGGUAACGUCGUGGAGUCGUGACGAUGGCAUCGUAAUACAUCUGGAUGAAGAGUACGGUGGUAAACACAGCUUGCUACCAUCUGGAGAACUGCUAGUUAAGGACGUUCAGCGCAAGGAUGCUUACCAUAGUUACAGAUGUCAAACGCGAAAUCGUCUUACAGGUUUCAUUGUGGAAAGUUCUUCUGCCAAACUGAUAGUUACAGAAUCCCACAAUGUGGUUCCUGCCAAAAUCAUUCACAGGGAGACGCACGUGCGGACACCUAGAGGCAGAAAGGUUCUUCUGCCGUGCGUGGCCCAGGGUUACCCUAUACCUUCUUGUAGCUGGUUGAGGAACCAAAAUGGACGACAAAAAUAUAUUGAUGGAGAUCCUCAUCUUCAGGUUUUGGGAUGUAGCCUUAUGGUGAGAGAACCUGGUGUACGAUACAGUGGAAAAUACACUUGUUUCGCUAAUAAUACUGUUGGAACAGACAAGGCCGAGACAGAAUUAUUAGUGUACGAACAUCUUAGUGCAGAAGUCUUCCCAGCUGUACAAAAGGUGACCACUGGUCAAUCUGUUAUCUUUAACUGUUCAAUAUCGGGUUAUCCUGUUCAGAUGAUUACAUGGAUGAAGGAUAUGAGACCCAUCGUUUCUCAAGGUAGAUUCAAUAUUCUCUACAGUAACAUCCUUUCCAUUAGUUCAGUUAGGAAACAAGACACGGGAAUAUACCAAUGCUUUGUUGAGAACAGUUUUGAUUCUGCUCAGGCGUUAGGAACUCUCGUACUCGCAG